GUUAGCUCGAACCAAAGUUGCCUAAUCAGCACCUGCUGUCCAAAAUGUCCGAGGCAAUGAAGGAAAGUGAUGGUCAGGGUUUACAAGCAAACCAAGAGGGUGUACGAGGAGCAGAGGCACACUCACUACAGCAACAAAACCCAAAUAUAAUUGGCGCGUAUGCGCACCAAAGGAAUAAUUUGUCGUGGGAAGCGCCCGUCAGACAUAGACAGCAAUGCCAGUGCACAAGAUGAUGACUCAGAAGGCAAGGAGGUCAUAGAGGAGGGUGAAUCACAGCCAAAACGCCGAAAAACAUCCGGAAAUGAGGGUCGCAGGAACAGGGCAUCACCAGCAAGGUUGUUCAAACUAAACAAAGACUUAGUGCAAUUUCAGAAGGACGAGGUAAUUCGAAUUGAGUUUGGAGGUCUGUUGCAGAUUGCAACAUGUAGCAUGCCAGGAGACUUAAGUCAGUGGGUUAUGAAGCAUUACGACCCCGAAAUUUCCCAACUUGUUAUCCCAGAGAGGGGCAAGAUUCCAGUAGAUGCAGCAAGUGUUCACAGGAUAUGGGGUCUGCCAAACAGGGGAAGGAAGGUUUGCUACGAGAAUAGAGCAGAUUACACAUCCAAAAUGUACAAAAUCUUGAAGAUCAGUACGAAAGGCUCACCAACACUAACAUCUUGGUGCAAAAUGAUCAAGGAUAUGGCUGGGGCAGCAGAUAACAAUUUCCCGCGUGCUUGGUUGGCAGUUGCAUUCUCCUGUUUCCUUGCUUCUACCAUAAGUUUAAACAUAUCCCCACGGUGUUUUCCUGUUGUGAUGCAUGUGGAUGCAAUAACGGAGACGAAUGUAUGCUAGUUUGUAGUAGAUCAAUUAAAAUUGGCAUUCGUGGGAGCAGGUGAUAAAAAUGCAGUUUGCUGCUGCGUCAUGCAUUUAGUUCUGUUAUAUCUGGACUCAUUGGAUGUGGACGAACCGAUCGCAAGCACGGUUCCAAGAGUGUCGGUUUGGGAUUCUGAUCUUAUUUCCAAGGUCAUUAAGAAGGAAAAAAAGGGCCGGGGGGAGUUUGGCAAGUUGCAGCUCAAGACCGAGUUCGCUCGCUUUGCCGAUGAAAGCUUAUUUGGCAGUCUUGAUCACGUCACAAAGUUCGUGGCAGCAAGGCUCCCCAACUCAUAUGACUCAAACAAACAAAAGAAGCUUGUCGGGAUGGUGCAUGAAAUAUGUUCUGAAAUAUCACACUCAAUGGGCAAGCUUGUACAGGGAAUUGGGAAACUUGACGACAAUGGCGGCACAACUAGUGCGCCAGCAGCUGACAAUGUUGCUCGUCCAAGUAGUUCACGUUCAAGGGAAAGGCGUGACGCCGGUGGAAAUGACCCCCACACACUUCCCAGUGAUGAAGAAUCUUACCAGUCAGGGAGUGACACAGACGAUGGCCAAGAAGACGAGAGUGAAGAAUUAGACGGUGCUGAAGGUGACUCCGACAGCAAUGAUGAUGAUGGUGAUGGGAACAUGCAUGGAGAGACCAACAGUGGCGGCGACAAUGCCCAGGACCAGGAGGAUGAGGAAGAAGAAACACGACGGGAGGAAGUAGAGGUAGAUGUUGGAGACAUUGAGACGGAAGAUGAGAAGGAGGAUGAAGAUGGGGAAGAAGAAGAAGAUGAGGAGGAUGACGUGAACAAACAUGAGGAGGACAAGGAGGGCGACGAUGGCAGCGAUGGUGGUGGCGGAAAUGGGGGGUCUGGUGACCAGACUACUGGCAGAGGUCAUAGUGGUGGCACUAAUGAAGAUCGGGCCAAGGAUGGGAGUCAUGAGCCAGCUGAAAACGACUCCGAAAGCAAAGAGGGUGCAUCUAUGCAGUAUUGGAUUAAGAGGAAACAAAACAGUCAAGAGAUUGAAAGCCCAGAACAAUUUUCGUUGUUGGAUCUUGUGAAGCUAGAUGUCAGAAAGGAGGGCACCCCUCCCGACUUCCCGAUGCUGGAAGUCGCCUAUGUGUCAGAUGGUUUAUCUGUUCGUUGGGAAAUGAAACGGAUUUUUAAAGAGCUGAUUGACAGUCUGGAAUUUAAGAAAACAUUUGAAUUCAGACUGGAAGAUAUCUGCCCCCGGAAGACACGAAUCGAACUGAUGCAACAAGUUUGUGAUUUAAGUCACAUGGCCACAGCAGCCGGACCUAUGCAUCAAGUCGCCGUAGCAGCAGCAAAAGGCCGUCCACCAAAGCCACCGAAGAAACAAAGGAAGGUGACCUUCAUAGAUCAACCAACCGUUGUAACAUGUGAUGUUUUGGAUCAGCUGGGAGCUGAGUACAUGAGCAGGAAUGAAGCAAGAGGUCAAAGCAUCCAAAUGCCAGGAACCAGGCAGGUGGGUAUAACUCAGAAGGCAACUACAGUAGAGAAUCAGGCACCCACCUUUGAAAUACAAGCAACCAUGACCAACAGCAAGACAACCCCUGGGUUUGAUCAUUCAAGCAAACCAAGCAUGCCAAGGGAGGACCCAGUUGCCCAUUCAAGAAACUCAGCACCAGAUGCAAGGAAAUUGUCCGUUGAUGCAAAGGAAUCAUAUGUAAAGCAGUUGUAGGCAAGUAACAGUGCAGACUGGGCAACGUAGAACAAGAGUAGUGCAACUCAUUGCCAUAUACAGGCAAGUCUGCCAGGGAAGUCAGCUGGCCCACUUGUUACAACAAACGGGGUUCAAAACAAACCUUAUGAUGGAGGAAAGGAACACUUAAGGAAAUUUCACACACAUAAAGUGGAGCAAACUGCAAAUGAAACACUCCUUCCAGUUUUGGCAAGUAAGGGCAAUAAUGAGGCCAGUGAGGGGCACAUUCAACCAAAGGCUACAUUGAAACAACCUGCAUCUGCCCAAAUUACUAUUUUGAAGAAGUCACCAAGCACUAAGCAUCACCCAGCAAUGGUAUGAAAGAGGGAAACACUUGGGGAUAU